AUGAUGCCGCCGGAAGGUCUCAAGCGCUCGAGCGAGCGUGAAAUAUCACCUCCUCCGGCGAAGCGAAAGGCCGCUGCCACCACCACUCAAAAAGCAGUUGCAAACUUCUUCAAGCCAGCCUCUUCCAAGGUUCCCGACAAGAUCCAUUUUCAGACUUUCCAGCGCAGUCUUGUCGUUGGACGCUGUGAAGGCGCAACCACUAUACCUCGUCCGAAGCCUACCAAGAUUGCUGCUUUUGACCUYGAUGACACGAUUAUCAAGACCAAGUCUGCGAAGAAGUUUUCGCUUGGACCUGAUGACUGGCAAUGGUGGCACGCAUGUGUUCCUGCUAAGCUUAAACAACUCCAUGAGGAUGGAUAUGCAGUCGUUUUCGUCAGCAACCAGAAUGCCAUUAGUCUGACUCCAGAUUCAAAGACUGGCGGGGACAUGAAGGCAUACAUGAACUUCAAGGCAAAAGUGACCGCAGUGUUCAAAAACCUGGACUUGCCAAUCACGCUCUAUGCAGCUACAGAAAAAGAUCUCAACCGCAAACCAAGAACCGGGAUGUGGGAUCAGGUGCUCAAAGAUUAUGGGCUCGAGGUGCUUCGUGACAGCAGCUUUUUCGUUGGGGAUGCAGCUGGUCGGACAGGAGAUAAAAGUGCAAACGUGCGCAAGGAUCACUCAUGCUCAGACCGGGAUUUUGCUGCAAAUGUGGGUAUUGCAUUUCAUACACCAGAGGAGUUCUUUCUUGACGAGGAAGUCAAGCCGUUCACCAGACCCUUUUGUCCAUCUGCGUACCUCGCAGGUAUAGAGGAGUCGCAGACAGACCCUGUUGUGUUUCGCAAGGCAAAUGAACUGGACGUUGUAUUACUAUGUGGCAGCCCCGGUGCAGGUAAAUCGACGUUCUACUGGCAGCAUAUGAAGUCACUCGGUUAUGGUCGAGUGAACCAAGACCUGCUGAAGACGAGAGAGAAGUGUUUGAAGAUGGCGACGCAGCUUUUGCAAGAGAAGCAGUCGGUAGCGGUCGACAAUACAAACGCAGACAUUGAGACUCGAUCGGCAUGGAUCACACUGGCUGCCAAACUCGGAGUGCCAUGUCGGUUGGUGCAUUUCACGGCUCCGGCAAAACUAUGCGAGCACAACGCUACUGUGCGAGCACUGUCCAGUGAGAAACAGAUGAACCCGGAAGACCGAAUGCUAUUACCAAAAAUGGCGUUCAAUUCUUUCACAAGCAGAUAUCGGGAGCCCAAACUCGAAGAGGGCUUUCAAGACAUUACCGAGGUCGCGUUCGUGUUCGAAGGCAACGAAGACCAAAAGGCGCAGUGGGAAAAAUACUGGAUCAAUUGA